AUCACUGCCAUACACCAUACCAGCACCCUGAUCACUUCCAUACCCCAUACCAGCACCCUGAUCACUGCCAUACCCCAUACCAGCACCCUGAUCACUUCCACACCCCAUACCAGCACCCUGAUCACUUCCAUACCCCAUACCAGCAUCCUGAUCACCGUCAUAACCCAUACCAGCAUUCUGAUCACUGCCAUAGACCAUAUCAGUGCCCUGAUCACCACCAUACCCCAUACCAGCAUCCUGAUCCCCACCAUACCCCAUACCAGCAUUCUGAUCACCCCAUAUGUCAUAUCAUUGUCCAGUUCAUGCUAUACAAUGUAUCAAUAUUGUGAUCACUGCCAUACCCCAUACCAGCAUCCUGAUCAACGAUAUACCCCAUACCAGUGUCCUGAUCACCACCAUACCAGCAUCCUGAUCAUCAGCAUACCUCAUGCCAAUGUCCCGAUUGCCACCAUACCUCAUACCAAUGUCCUGAUCACUGACAUAUGUCAUACCAGCGUCUGAUAUUUAUAUCCCAUA